CCUGAAGGGCACAAAUCAGACCGCACCAUGCCUCCUAAUAAAGAGGCCAGCAGUGUUACUAGCUCACCAGCAGGGCUCAUCUGCCUUCCUCCAAUUUCUGAGGAGCUACAGCUUGUGUGGACCCAAGCAGCCCAGUCCAGUGAGCUAGACAGCAAUGAACACCUGCUACAAACCUUCAGCUACUUUCCCUAUGCCAGCCUAGCAGACAUUGCCCUUCUCUGCCUACGUUAUGGGCUACAGAUGGAGAAAGUCAAGACUUGGUUCAUGGCCCAGCGCCUCCGCUGUGGCAUUAGCUGGUCAUAUGAAGAAAUAGAAGAGACUCGAGCACGAGUGGUAUACCAUCGGGACCAACUCCACUUCAAAUCCCUUCUCUCUUUUACUCAUCAUGCAGGGCAGCCACCAGAGGAGGUGCCACCUUCUCCAGUGCCACCUCCAGAACAAGUUGGUCUUGGAAUAGGCCCUGUGACUUUUAGAGAGCCCCCCCCCCAGAUAAAAGGAUUGAAGGUAGAACCUGAGGAGUUCUCUCAUAUAUCAGCACUGCCACCGAGUCACCAGAAAGCAAAGGAGUCCCUUUUGACACCUGGCAGUGGAACAUUCUCCCAAUCAGAUUUUUGGCAGGAUCUUCAAAGCAGUGGUCUCUCUAAGGAACUGGCAGGCAGUGGUCCUGACCACUCACAUGGUGUAGGUACUCUGGAUAAGCCCCCAUCAAUCUCAUUACUUGCCAGUAGUUGUAAGGAGGAGUCAGCACCUAGUAUGACUCCUUCUUCCUCCUCUACCUCCUCUUCUUUCUGGGUACUGGCUAAGGGAGCUACUGCCACCUCUAAACCCCUCCAGUCACUAGGCUGUAUCCCACAGUCACUCUCACCCAAGGAACAGGCACUACCCCCACAUCUGGAGCCAGCCUGGCCUCAAGGGCUACGGCAUAACUCAGUGCCAGGUAGGGUUGGCUCCACAGACUACCUUUCCCCAGGUAUGCAACGCCAGCAAAAGACUAAGCGUAACACCAAAGAGCAGCUGGCUAUUCUCAAAUCCUUUUUUCUACAGUGCCAAUGGGCACGGCGUGAGGAUUACCAUAAAUUGGAACAGAUCACUGGUUUACCUCGGCCUGAGAUCAUUCAGUGGUUUGGUGACACACGCUAUGCUUUGAAGCAUGGGCCACUAAAAUGGUUUUGGGACAAUGCAAUACCUGCUGCCCCUAGUUUUCAAGACCCAGCAAUUCCUACACCACCGUCAACCUGCUCUUUGAAAGAAUGGGCUGAGACACCACCUCUACCAAUUCCCCCGCCCCCACCGGAUAUACGACCUUUGGAGAAGUAUUGGGCAGCCCACCAACAGCUACGGGAAAUUGAUGUCCCUCAGCUGAGUCAGGCGUCAAGACUUAGCACCCAGCAGGUACUGGAUUGGUUUGACUCUUGAUUACCUGAGCCAGCUGAGGCGGUAGUUUGUCUAGAUGAAGAAGAGGAAGAGGAAGAAGAGGAACUGCCAGAAGAUGAGGAGGAAGAAGAGGAGGAAGAUGAGGAGGAGGAGGAUUAUGUGAUCAUACAGGACUGA